UUUAAUUCUGACGCUUGGUUUCCGCUUGUGACUUUUGUCCCUCCGCGGAGGCCGUAGUUGUGUACAAACAUGGCGGCGGGUGGAGACAGCGACGAGGACUUUGUGAGUUUCGGGACUCCGCUGGAGCCUCUGGAGGAGGACGAGCCGCUGAAGAGGCCCGUCCCUCUGCACGAGCAGACGGUGAAGGACGAGAAGGGCCGCUAUCAGAGGUUCCACGGAGCGUUCACCGGAGGCUUCUCAGCGGGAUACUUCAACACGGUCGGAUCAAAGGAAGGCUGGAGCCCGGCAACCUUUGUGUCGUCACGGCAGCAGAAAGCUGAAAAGCACCAUGCCAGGCCUGAAGAUUUCAUGGACGAGGAGGACUUCAGCGAGCACGGCAUCGCUCCCAGAGAGAUCACCACCAGCCAGGAGUUCUCCUCCAGCCGCCGAGACGAGGCAGCAGAGAAGGCGAGAGCCGUCAGCGCUCAGGCGGCGUUGAUCCCUGGAGACACGCUGCUGGAGGAGCUCAUCACACCUGCCAGGUCGUCCGUCGGCAUUGAUCUGCUGACCAAGAUGGGCUGGAAGGAAGGUCAGGGCAUCGGGCCGCGGCUGAAGAGGAAACCUCGCCGUCAGCUGAAAGAUGGAGGAUCCAGAAAGUCCAGCUAUGUGCUGCCCCCUACUGGUUCGGAGGAAUCAGAGGACGAAGACGAUGAGGAGUUUGCUCCAGAGAACGUGACCUUUGCUCCAAAGGAUGUGACUCCGGUGGACUUCACCCCGAGGCUGGGGGUCCAGGGUCUGGGGUACCGCGGUCUGGACCCGGGCCGUGCGCUGCUGGGCCGGGCGGCGGACGAACACGUCAACCUGUUCAGGCCUCAGUCUGAGACCAGGAGUCGGCUGUUUGGAGAGCGAGGGCGCAGCUCCAGGAGAGCGGGCGUCGCCGGCCAGGCGUUCGGCGUGGGGGCGCUGGAGGACGAGGAUGAGGACGUGUAUCACAGAGACUCCAUGUCCAGAUACGACACGGUUCUGGGAGAGGAGGAGCCUGGAGACGGGCUGUACGGCUGGACGGCACCGGAGCAGUACACCAGGAGGAGAGAGCGGAACAAAGACGCAGCGUACCUGGGGAAGAUCCUGGAGGGAUUCACUCUGGCUCAGAACCCCCUGGAGGAGAAAACGAUCUUCCCUCCACCAACUCUGCCCAGAGAUUAUCGGCCCGUCCAUUAUUUCCGUCCAAAGGUCGACGUCACCCGACUCUCUGGCGUCAGUUCGGCCCUCGCCGAGGCGCUGAAGACCUCCAAGGGCCACAUGGUCCCAGAAGAGCCUCAGCAAGGCGGGCGCCACCAGCUGGACUCUGGCCAGAGGGGGGCGCUGUUGGGCGAGGACGUCCUGAAAGGCCCGGCUUCAGUCCUGGAUCUGCUCAGACCAGACGACAGACAGCGGCUGCUCAGCCUUAGAAACGCCUCGGCUCACAAACCCUGCAGGUCCGACUCCCAGGACUCCUCCCAGGCGCCUGGGCCCGGACCGGUUCUGCCCGCCUCCGGCCUCCAGCAGCAGGAGGCUCUGGCCGCCUGGAGAGGCUCCUCCUCCUCCUCCUCUUCCUCGCAGAGCUUUAAGCCCUUUGAGAAGAACCCCAGCAAGCAGGCGCGCUACGAGCUGUACCUGGGCGGCCUCCGGCAGGGCGACACAGGCGCCCUGGAGCAGAGCCUGGACCCCAGCAUGACGGAGUGGGAGCGCAGCAGGGAGCGGGACGAGUUUGUCCGCGCCUCCAUCCUCUACCGACCCUCCUCCUCCUCGCUGUCCUCCCGCUUCACGCGAGGCGAGCUCCAGGAGGACGAGGACGCGGUGGAGGUCAGCCGGGACCAGGAGGGCGAGCGGGACGCCAAGCAGGCGGCCGUCCAGAUGAAGAUGUUUGGGAAGCUGACCAGGGAGACGUUGGAGUGGCAUCCUGACAGGCUGCUGUGCAAGAGGUUCAACGUUCCUGAUCCGUACCCUGGGUCGUCUGUGGUGGGUCUGCCCAAAGUCAAGAGAGACAAGUUCUCCGUCUUCAACUUCCUGACUGUCCCAGAGAGCAGAGAGACGGCAGCUCCUCCUCAGCCUCUGGAGCCGGGGAAGAAGUCCAGGUGGGACGUGUCGGAGCAGGAGAAGGAGAAGAAGGACGAGGAUCCACCGAGCCAGGCCGUCUCUGAGGGGGAGGAGCAGAGCUCCGACAAGAAGGCAGAGGAAGAGGAGGAGGAAGAGGAGCAGAGGCCUCCUAUGGACCUGUUCAAAGCCAUCUUUGCCAGCUCCUCCUCCGAGAAGUCCUCCUCUUCAUCAGAGGGAGAGAGUGAUGGAGAGGAGGGAGACGCAAAGGAAGAGGAAGGCAGGAAGGAGGCGGUGAAGCUGUUCUCCGUGGCCGCCUCCUCUUCCUCCUCUGCCGUCACCUCCAGCCUGCACUCAGAAGCAGCCGGGUCCUCUCAGAAGUCCGCUCAGGAUGAGGAAGAGUUUGGUCCCAAGCUGCCUCCUCCUCUUCCUCCUGCUGCUGCUGCUGCUUCAGCCAGAGGAGGCGCCGCCCCCAGGUACCUCCUCCCUGAGGAGGAGAAGACCAGCAGGAGAAGCAAGGAGAAGAAGCACAAAAACAAGAAGCAGCAGAAACACAAGAAGGAGAAGAAGAAGAAGAAGCACAAGAAGCACAAACACAAAGGCAAGCGUAAGAAGGAGGCGUCCGGCAGCAGCUCCGAGGACAGCAAGGAGGACGAGGACGAUGUCCAGCCGUCCACAGACGAGCUGCUGAGAAGGUUGAAGAGCAUCCGUCCUCCUCAGAUCUGGUGACUGCAGGGUCUCCGUCCUCCGUGAGGACGUCCUCAUCUGCUGUGAAGCCUCAAUAAAAACAUCAACCCACUUUAA